AUGAAUAACAUCCACACUGUGGAUGAAUAUUCUUGGUUUUCAUUAUAUCUCACUCAAGCGAGAGCAUCAUUUGCACAAGAACGUAUCUAUUUAGAUGAACAAAUUCGUUUUUCAUCCAACAAAACAACCAUGAAUAAUAUGUAUGUUAUUCCAUUACUCUAUCGUUUAUCAUCUAUGAUUGAUCAUAUAUCAAUUACUCGAUUACAUCAUGCAUUUCAAAGUGUUAUCACAAGACAUAAUAUUCUUCGAACAGCACUUUAUAUUGAUGGUGCCAACGGUAAUAUUACACAAUAUUGUUUAGAUGCAAAUACCGUUCUCAAUAAUAAUAUGAAAUCAUAUGCAUUUACAAUUGUCAAUUUUCAUAAUGAUGAUAGUCGUCAUAUGAAUGAAAUUAUUGACGAAAUAUUAAAUCAAUCUGAUUUAUUUGAUUUAUCGAAAGGACGUGUUAUUCGUUGUCAUAUUCUUCGUUAUUAUCGCCAAUCUCAAAAUAGUAUCUCAUAUGAGAAUGAUGAUCUAUUGACUGAAAAUGAUCACAUAUUGAUUAGUGUUCAUCAUGCAAUGUUUGAUGGAGCAUCAAGAUCAGUCUUCCUUCGUGAUCUUUCUCUUGCUUAUCAAUCUGAUGACUCAUUAUCUGUGGAUGAUAACUCACUGAAUUAUAUCGAUUAUUCUGUGUAUGAGCAUAUCAUGGAUAUGUCAUUGUCUCGUGAAUUCUGGCAUUCUCAACUUGAAGAAUAUAAUAUCGAACGUUCAUUAUCAUUACCAGUUGAUCGACAGCGUUCAUCAACUAAUCAACAACGAUCAGGUUUAGCUUCUUCAGCUCAAAUCACUUUUGAUGAUGAAAUAUGUACAUCAUUUCUCAACUAUGCAUCAUCACAUCAUCUCACACUUUUUCAACUUGGAUUAUCCAUAUUUUAUGUCUUUCUAUUCAAGUUAAUUCAUGGUGAGACUGAUUUAUGUAUUGGUUCUAUCAAUGCUAAUCGAUAUCGAACUGAAUUACAAAAUCUAAUUGGAAUGUUUGUAUCAACAUUACCAUAUCGUUUAGAAAUUGGUUCUAAUUGGUCAUUUGAUGAACUUGUCCAACAUGUGCGAGAAAAAUGUUUAUUAAUUCUUGAACAUUCUCAUUAUCCAUUACAACAUAUUCUUGGUGAUAAUCAGUUAAAUCAGUCGAAUGUAUCAUUUCUUGAGACAAUGUUUGAUUCUAUCAGUGUGACAAAAGAUAUGAAACAUUUAAGUUUGAAUUAUGCAAAUUUAGAGCAAAUACCAUUAGAACAAUCAGUUGAAGUAGCUAAAUUUGACUUCUCACUAACAUUUUUAUACAAUCCAUCAUCAGAUAACAAGAGAUUAUCAUGUCGUUUUGUUUGUUCAUAUGAUUUAUUUGAGAAAUCAACUAUUUCAAAAAUAGCUCAAAGAUUUCAAUAUGUAUUUGAACAAUUAUUUCAAAUUCAAUCAAGCAGUAUUCCUGUAAUGAAUGUGAUUUUAUCAAUUAGCAAACUGUCUCUUAUUCUUCCUGAAGAAGCUGAAGAAAUGGAAUUAGUCGUGUUUCAUCGAUUGGAGAAUAUUGUGAAUGAAGCACCAGCAUCAUUUGCACAAGCUCGUAUUUGGCUUGAUGAACGAAUUCGAUUCGAUCCCGAGAAGCCACAAGUGGCAAUAUACAAUAUGCCUUUUGUUUAUCGUCUUCAGUCAGAUCAUACCUUAUCCGUUAAGCAACUUCAACAAGCUCUACAGCUCACUACUGACAAGCAUCUCUCACUUCAUACAUCACUUCAUUUUGAUAUCCAAAAAAAUCUACUCAUACAACGAGUUAUUACUCAUGAAAAUGAAAAUAAUAAUAGUAUGUUUUCAGUCAUCGAAACCACUUAUGAAACAGAUGAACAACUUAAUCAGAUUUUACACGAUGAGAAACGUAAUCCUCAAAU